ACUAUCAAUUUCACUCUGUAAAUCCAGCAAAAAUCUUGUCUCUCAAGAAACCGAGUGUUUGAGUAAUUUUCCGGUGAAUUGAAUUUCCCCAUGGAUUCAAGCUCGAAAUCCGGCGGCGCGGUUACUCCAGCGAAAGAGAAAAUCGCCCGAUCGAAGUCCGAGAAUGUAAACCCUAACGUGAAGUUCUCGAAUUCACCACUGAUCACCAAAUCCGAAAGGAGCGCCAAGAAAUCUGCCUGCAGAAACGCAACCUCCAACCCUAAGCAGUUGAUUAUGGCCUCGCCGUCGCCGAAGAAGAAGAUUCGAGAGAGGAAGUUCGUGAUCGCGAAGAAGAGGGUGCGCAACCAAGAUCAGGGUUCCCUGGGCACUGCGGCGGGGGCUUGUGACAAGUGUAAGAAGGCGACAGGUAAAUUGAAGUGCUUGUGUGUGGCGUAUGAGAGUCUGCGGGCUUCUCAGGAGGAUUUUUUCAAAAAUCGGGAUGAAAUCGAAGAUGAGGUUUCUGAUAAACUAGAGGAUUUCGAUUUGAUGUCUCGGGAGGAAGGCCUAAAUGUUGAGAAGAAAUUGGAGGGGGAUGGAGCCUUAUCAGACAAGGUUGAUGUUGAUGAGUCCACAGAGAAUGAUGAUGGGGGUGUAAAGAGGAGUCGGGAUAGGUUGUUGGAAGAAGCAAAAGUGCGAGUACGGACGCCAGGGUCUGGCAGGGUGAUGAAUUUGGUGAAGGAAUUUGAGAAGCUUACGACGUUCAAAUUGGGGAAUUCUGAGGAAAAUCAUGUGGAGGAGGCGGAGAAUGAUAAAGUUGGUAUAGAUUUGGCAUCGGAUGGACUGGAGCCACCACCUAAGGCUCCAGAGACACAGGUUUCAUCUUCUUCGUUCUGUCCAUCGAUUUUUCAGCUGACAUCAGAGAGCUUAGGACUUGAUCCUCGUCGUUCAUAUUCAUUAGACAGCAAUGAUGGAAGUAGUGUUGCAACCAUGACGACUGCUGGUGGUCAAAAAAGCAGGCGAAGUAGCACCGAAUCAGCUGCAAAUCGUACUAGAAGACUCUGGAAGAGAAAGCAGCGGAAAGUAACCUCUCUAAAGCCUUUCAUGCUUAGAACAGAGGAAAGAGGAAAAUGCAAGGAAGAAGUAUUCCUGAAAAAGUUACAGCAGAUGAUUGAAGAAGAGGAGAAGAUGAAGGUACCCAUAGCGCAAGGUCUACCUUGGACAACAGACGAACCCGAGUGUUUGGUGAAACCUCCAGUUAAAGAAGUCACAAGGCCAGUUGACCUCGUGUUGCACAGUGAUGUGAGGGCUGUAGAUCGAUCUGAAUUUGAUCAUCAGGUUGCAAUGAAAAUGAAUAUGGUUGAACAGUACCGGAUGGAAAGAGAGAGACAACAGAAGGAGGCAGAAGAAGAAGAAAUCCGGAGGCUGAGGAAGGAGCUCAUUCCGAAAGCUCAACCCAUGCCAUAUUUUGACAGGCCCUUUGUCCCCAGAAGGUCCGAGAAGAACCCCACCAUACCCAAAGAGCCCAAGUUCAACUUACCUCAGCAGAAGAAGACCAAAUGUAACUUGUCUUUAGAUGACUUCGUAGCGCAUUGCCAGUGAACACAAGCAAAUAGGAAUUCAUCUUUCUUGGUCAUUCAUUCCAUCCGUUUGUAUAUGUUGCAAUAAUUUGUGAGAGGCUUGCAGUUUUGGGUGCUAAAAGAUGAUUGUUUGCUUGGCACAAUGGUGUGCCAAAUUUAUUGAUUUCUUCUUUCCUCCA